AUGGAGGACAGGAUCACCGAUGAGAUCAGUUAUCUCACGAAACUUAUUGAUGAGACUAAUGGUGAGCCUAUGAAUAUCCACGAAGUACUGGUGCCGAGUAUGUCCAACAAUAUCUGUCAUCUGGUGUUUGGCCACCGAAUGGACUUCAAUGAACCCAAGAGACAGAUAUUUGAUAAACAGUUAGAUCAGGCGUCGUCCAGAUUAUCAGUUAUAGGAGUGCUGGCAAUGUCUCCCAUUUGGUUCAGUAAAUUGUUUUUUAAGCUAGGUGGUGCGUUCAAUAAAAAGGUGUUCAACGCCGUGAUCAGUAUAUUUGAAUCGGAGAUCUCUUCGCACCGGAAGUCUUUGGACACCAAUAAUAAGAGGGAUUAUAUCGACGGAUACUUAGCGGAGAUGGAAGUGAGACAACGAAAGGAUCCCAACACUCACUUCAACCUGAAACGAAUGGAUGUAAAUUGUCGGGCAUUUUUUGGUGCCGGGAGUGCAACGGUUAGGUCGACCACUGAAUGGUUGCUAUUAUUGUCCGCCAAAUACAGCGAACACCAGAAGAGGAUUCACGAAGAGAUCGAUUCUGUGGUCGGAAGAGAUCGGAGUCCCUGUUAUGCCGACAGACUUCAUAUGCCUGAUGAUUGA